AUGGCCACAUUCCUACGCGAUCCGACCGUUUUACGAGCCUCCGUCAUUGCAAUUCAAGAACCGUGGCGUAACGAGUACGACGACACCACGCACCAACCUGCAAGACUAACACACCAGCUACUCUAUCCUAAAGCCACUGACGGCGCUCGUGCGCGUGUAGCGCUCUACGUCAACAAGAAAAUUGAUCCCGCCAAGUGGACGCAUAUCGUCGUGUCCCCGGAUUAUCAGAUCCUUCACUUACGAUAUCUACGUGGCGAGCAAGCCCACGAUCUCUAUAUCCACAAUAUCUACAAUGAGCCAAAAUUGCCAACAUUCAGUCUUCUUGACCGGGAGCUAGCCCGAUUAGGAAGGUCCCAAACAAUCGAACACUUGAUUCUUGGUGAUAUGAAUGUUCACCAUCCCGCUUGGGGUGGCCCUGGCACUAAUAUCGACAAUGAAGGCACCGAAUUACUAGAGAUCAUGGACCGCCACGAGAUCGAGCUCGCUACUGAAGAGGGUAUCGUGACGUGGGAGCGUGGCCAAUCAAAGUCCACGAUUGAUCUUACGUUCCUAUCCGCGAAUCUCUUCAACCGACUAGUCCUUACUGAACGUGCUGAUACCGUUCAGCACGACUCUGACCACUGGCCGAUUCGUACGCAAAUCGAUAUUCAAACGCCAGUCAAUGAACCGCUAAAGCGCCGGAAUUGGAAGGCCACCAAUAUCAAAUUACUCACUGAGACGCUUGAACGAGACCUUAUUGUCCCUGAUCUUACGAACGCUUCCAAAUCUCACAUCGAAAUCGCUACCGUAGCGUUCACGAGCGCGAUCCGCCAUGCGAUUAAAGAAGCAGUGCCUUAG